AUGACCGACCAGACCGCCUCAGGACUCCUCUCCCUCCCCGCCGAACUGCGCAACGCAAUCUGGACCCUCCUCCUCGUCCACGACAUCGACCACGAAGCCAGUAUCCCGAUCAACCAGCUCCCCAUCCCCUACACCACCCACCACCAACGCGUCCACACCCCAAUCCUCCGAACCUGUCAACAAGCCAAUCAGGAAGGCACGCCCAUCCUCUACGGCGAGAACGUCUUCUCCGCCCACGCCUCCCUCCUCGCAACCCUCCCCUACUUCCUCCUCCGCCACACACCCGUCCAAAUCAUCAGCCACACCCCCAUCACCGCCCCCCGAGUCGCAGGCCUGAUACGGAGAUACUACCUCCACGUCCGUCUGGAUACAGACCCGCGAUUCACCCGCGCACAGGUCGAGGAAAGCUUCAUGGGGGUCGAGGAGCUGGAGAUCGAGGUCUUCCAAUCCAUGUACGCGAGUUGUGACUUUAAUGUGUUGAAGUUGUUUGAGGGGGUCAGAGGGGUCGGCAAGGCGGUGGUGAGGGGGAGUGUGGGCGAUGGGAGGUAUGCGGAUUGGUUGGCUGGGUGUAUGAUGAGUGGGAAGGGGGCGGAGGUGGAGGGGUAUAGUGAGAUGUAUAUUGGGGGAAAUAAGGGGUGGGAGGCUUGGUUGGCUAGGCAUGGGAUGGGGUGGGGGUUAAAUGGGUGA